GAACAGAAUCCACAUUCUCUCUCUCUCCUUCAAAUCCCGGCUGUGAAGAUUCCACUCUCUUUUUCUGCUCAUAGAAUCGAAUAAAAAACAACAGCUAUUCGGCUCGGCUGCAAGAGCUAUAUUUCAAAUAUUCUUGAAUUGCAGCCAUGGUGGCCGAUUCAUGGUUUCACGGUCUAUGGAAACCUUCAAGGAAGCACGAUUUUGGGCCGGAAAAGGUGCGGAUUGGAGUGUUGGUGUUUGAAGUAGCAAGUGUAAUGUCUAAGUUAGUCCAUCAAUGGAAUUCACUUACCGAUAAGCAAGUCAUGAAGUUGAGAGAUGAGAUCAGUAGCUCGGUGGGUAUCAAGAAGCUCGUAUCUGAUGAUGAUGAUUAUAUAGUCGAUUUAAUUUGCGCCGAGAUGUUACACAACUUGAAAAAUUCGGCAAGAAUCGUGACCAGGCUUGCAAGAAAAUGUAGGGAUCCCAUUCUAAAAUGCUUCGAGCUUGCAUAUGAUGAUUUAGUCAAAUCUGGUGUCGAUCAGUACCAGUGGCAGUUUUCUUGGAAGAAGAUGAACAGAAAAGUUAGAAAGAUGGAAGCUUUCGUGUUGGUUAACGCGAAUUUGUAUCAAGAAAUGGAAAAUCUUGCGGAGAUUGAACAAAUCUUGAGAAGAAUGAAGAGUAACGAUGAUCAUGAUAGCAUAACGGUGGUUGAUUAUACAAAAAAGUCGAACCGAAAGCAGCAAGAAGUUAAGCGGCUGAAAGAUAUCUCGUUGUGGAACAGGACCCAUGAUUAUGUGGUUCUCCUCCUUGCGAGAUCCAUUUUCACCAUUUUCGGUAGGAUUGGAUACGUGUUUGGAAUCAAUCACGUGUUACCUCGAGUUGAAGAAUCUUCGUUACUAGAUUCUGAACGGAAUCAUUCCCUAUCUGCAUUGCUUCACUCUUCGAUUCACCUGUCUGAGAAUAGGAUCACGAGAUUCUCUUCCGGUCCUUUGGGGAACAUUAGUACCAAAUCUGGCCCGACUUCGAGAACGAAUAACGUGAACAAAUACCAUUCUGGUCCUAUCGAUAAUUCAAUCACGGUUUCUGGUUCUGUUUCUAGUAAACAUAGAAAUAUCACCUCUUUUUCGGGACCAUUAGUUCGCGCUGCUAGAACCGGGAUGAAAUGGUGGCAUACCCGUGAUAAUUAUUCAUCAAAAAUCCACGGAAAGACCCCUACCCCCAAUCGAUUGAGUACUAGCGGACCUUUCAGAGGAUGCAUGAUGGGCGGAAAUGGUUCUCCGAUGAAGAACCACCAUCUAAAUCCAGUUGCCGCUUGUUCUGCAGCUAGGUGGAGGACCGAAGAAACUUCGAAUCGUAGCUCAAAACAGAAAGGUUUUAAUCCUCCUCCGGGAACUCUCGGAGCAGUUGCUUUAGCCCUACAUUACGCUAAUGUGAUCAUCGUGCUCGAAAAGCUAGUGGCUUCUCCGCACUUGAUUGGGCACGACGCAAGAGACGAUCUCUACAACAUGUUGCCAAAAACCAUAAGAACCGGUCUUAGGGUGCGGUUAAAACCGUAUGCCAAGAGCUUGGGUUCGUCGGUUUACGAUACGGGUCUUGCGGAAGAAUGGACCGAAGCUAUGUUGGGGAUUCUCGAUUGGUUAUCUCCGCUUGCUCAUGACACGAUAAGAUGGCAAUCCGAAAGGAGUUUCGAGCACCAAAAUCUGCUUUCCAGAACUCAUAUUCUUCUUGUACAAACUCUCUACUAUGCAAAUCAAGAGAAGACUGAAGCAACAAUCACUGAGCUUCUGAUUGGUCUUAACUACAUAUGGAGGUUCAGUAGGGAAAUCACUGCUAAAGCUUUGUUGGAGUGCGAGAAUGGGGCCGGUGAUUCUCUAAACGUGGUGUAGCGGCGGCGGUUUCGGCUUCGGCUUCGGGUUUCUAACAUGAUGAAAGUUCAAAUGAGGACCGUAAAUAUUUUGAGAAUUUGGAAACCAACUAUUUCAUGCGUCAUUCAUGAUGAAUAAUCAUGAAUAUAUUCAUCGAAUGUCUUGCACAUUCAUUGUGAAUGUCUUGCAGAUUCAUCAAGAAUAAAACAUGAAUAGUUUGUUCGCAGGUUCUCAAAAUAUUUACGGUUCUCAUCUACACCUGCUCCUGACAAAGAGUUCCCUUUUGCUUAGGUACAUGUUUCAGGGGCGGUUAAGGAGUAGGGGUCCAGCACCCUCAACCGUUUGUGGUUGGUCUGGACCCGGUGCAAAAUCUCCAAGCCCUGUUCUUCGGAAGAUGUUUUGAUCCUUGAAAUGUUAAAAGGUACGCUUAAAAAGUCCGUAAUUUUUGUUGAAGGACGUAAGACUUAACGUGGUGUAUGCGUGUUCGGUGGUCGUCAUAUGGUAGAUGUAUACUCGACCAUCGAAAUUUGUAGUGAUUAGAAGGUGUUUUUACUAAA